AGCCCCUUUCCUCAAGCUGCAGCCUAAAGAUAGCCGAAGCUCUCUGCUUGCUCGCCAUGGGCGCCUCCACGCCGCGCCACCACCUCAGCUCGCAGCCGCUUCCCCUCCUCACCAAGCGGAUCUUCACCUACGCCCUCUACGCCCUCCUCCCCCUCGCCGUCCUCCACUACCUCCUCUUCUCCCCUCGCCCUCCUGCCCCCCCUCCCCUCGCCGCCGUCUCCUCGACGGCGGCGCCGGCGCCGCGGUGCGAUUACUCGGAGGGGGAGUGGGUGCGGACCACGGCGGGGCCGCGGUACAACGGGACGAGCUGCGGCGCGACGAUCAAGGAGGGGCAGAACUGCAUGGCGCACGGGCGGCCGGACACGGGGUACCUGUACUGGCGGUGGCGGCCGCGCGGGUGCGCGCUGCCGCCGUUCGCGCCGGGGGAGUUCCUGGAGCUGGUGCGCGGCCGGCACGUGGCGUUCGUCGGCGACUCGCUGGCGCGGAACCAGUGCGAGUCGCUGGUCUGCCUCCUGACAUCGGAGUUCCCCGCCGAGCUGGUCCGCGGCGGCGGCGGCGGGGACGAGGAGCGCAAGUUCCGGCGGUGGGUGUUCCCGACGCACAACGCGACGGUGUCGGUGUACUGGUCGCCGUUCCUGGUGAACGGCACGGAGAAGUCGUCGGCGCAGGGGGGGCUCGACCACAACCGGCUCUACUUCGACCAGCCCGACGAGCGGUGGGCGGGGGAGCUCGACGGCAUCGACGUGGUGGUCCUCUCCGUCGGCCACUGGUUCCUCCACCCGGCUAUGUACUACGAGCGCGGCGAGGUGAUCGGCUGCCACCACUGCCCGGAGCCGAACCGGACGGAGACCGGCUUCUUCGGCGUGUUCCGCCUCGCCGUCAGGAACGCCCUCGGCGAGGUCAUCGCCCGCGCCGCCCGCUCGCCGCCGCGGCCUCGGCCGCGGAGGAAGCUCGCCGUGGUGACGACGUUCUCGCCGGCGCACUUCGAGGGCGACUGGGACAGCCGCGACGCGUGCGCGCGGUCGGAGCCGUACGCGCCGGGGGAGAAGGCGCCGGCGUACAUGGACCGCGAGAUGUGGCGCGCCGAGGGGGAGGAGGUGGCCGCGGCGGCCGCGGGCGCGCGGGUGCGGGGCGCGCGCGUGGACGUGGAGGCGCUUCAGGUGACGGUGAUGGCGUCGCUGCGCGCUGAUGCGCACCCGGGCCCGUACAUGAACGCCUUCCCGUUCGCCGGCGGCGAGCGGGAGCGGGUGCCCAACGACUGCGUGCACUGGUGCCUCCCGGGCCCCAUCGACACGUGGAACGAGAUCCUGCUCCAGCUGGUCAAACGAUGGAGGGACGCCUCCUCCUCCAAACGUGCCGAGGGAGCUGCAGCAGCAACCGUCAUCGUUCUCGGUGCACCAACGUUCCGAUUGAAAAGGACUUUCUCUUUCACAAAUAACCGGCUUACGAAAUAGUAAUACCAUGUGUUCUAAAAUGUAAGU